CUUUCUCUCUCUCUUUUUCUUCUUCUUUUUUUACUUUUUACUAUAUAUACAACAACAAUAAAAAACAGAUCUAUUUUACAUAAAUCAUACGAAAAAUGUCUUCAUCACCUAGAUUUUGGCAAAAGUUGGGUUUGGGAAAGCAAAACAAGUCUUCUUCCACCGUUAGUUCGAAUGGUUGGUUUAUAAUUCUAAAGUGGGGGGCCUUGUCUCACCUUAUAAUAUUAAAAAAAAAAAAAAACCUAAAAAAAAUACCCCAAAAUAGACAGUAACAACAAGCAGAAUGGCAUGUCGUCUUCCAUGUCCUUUAACAAUGUCCACGAUGCUAGUCUCGAUUACGGAGAAAAGCAAAUGAAACGCUUUAGUGGAAGCAUGUCACUGAGACAUCGAGCUAGCUCAGCAUCUCUGUAUCAACAAAUGACAUCACAAGAUAAGCCGCAUCAUCAACAACAACAACAACAACAACAAAAUCAGCAGCAGCAACAGAAGCAGCAGAAGCGAGGUUCUUACAUGAAGCCAUUCAGAAGGAUUGAUCCAGAAGAAUCAAAUGGCAACAAAAUGAAUGAAAAUACGGCUAAUUUGACUACUCCUUGUGACCAGAAAAUUGCUUCUCCAACCAGAAUAUCAACAAUAGACAUUGGUCGAAAAAUGUCAACACGAAAAGCGGCAGUUGAAAGCACACCGAGUCGAUUAACCCCUACUCGUCUCAGCAGGACUAAAAGCAACCAAUCCAUAAUGUCUAUCAACAAUAAAUCACCUGAAAAGACGAGUAAAUUACGUCAACCUUCACCUGCAGCUACACACGCCAAGUUACUAACACGGAGCGAAAGUAAUAGUUCAAUUAGUUCCACCUCACGAAAGAAAUCUUCCAAAAGUCAAAGUAGCGACGAUGAUUCUAAAUCGUGUAUGACAAGGACAUCCUCCAAUGGUAGCACAAGACGAAAAUCAAGCCUGGAGAAAAGAAAGUUACCUCCCGCAGAUUUUGCCAUCGAUAUGCUUAAGGAUGAAUUAGAAAAAGAGAAAGCUUCGGUACGCUCCCUUCAGGGUCAAAAAGAGGCCAUUGCAAAAGAUUUAGAUUAUUUUUGUAGUCUAGUCGAUCAAAUCACUGAAGAAAAAGAUGAUUUUAAACGCAAAUAUGAGCAGGAAAAGCUUAAAAAUGAAGAACUCAAGAAAUCGUUCGGAACAAUAGGAGCAGUCUCACCAAAAGGAGAAUCGCGGUUAAAGCUGGAAUUAGAAAACGCACAGCAACAAAACACUGAAAAUCAAUACAUUUACUAUAACAAUAUCCAAAUAAAAAACGACGAAAAUAAUAAGCUCAGGUAUGACCUGAAACAAGCUACAAGACAAAUACAAGUCCUAAGAAAGACGAUGGAACAAAUGCUACGGGCAGACGGGAAAGAUUUUGAUGAUGAUUUCUUUGAUGGAGGGGGUGAAAGCCGUAAAAGUGACGGAGAAAAAUAUCUACUGUUACAGACAGGCUACCACCCAGAGUCACCAUCAAAUACAACAAGACCCACCACAAACCCACCUUCACCCACACCUUGCUACUCUAAUACCACAAUGACAGAAGAAAGAUAUGCUCUUAGUCAUGACGAAGAUGAAGACAUACUAUCUGUCACUUCUAGAGACUCUGGUCAUAGUAGCUAUCACGCUUUGCGUAAUCAACAGUAUGACUUUUUGAAGUAUGACGUCAAAGAAGAUGAUCCCAAUACGUCCAUGGCGAAAAGAAAGUCUGCUGAUAUCUCAAAGAAAAUAGCAUUGUCUCGGAGAAGAAAAGAUCAAUUAGAAGAAAUGUUGGGUGAAGUCGAUUCGCAGCUCAACAAAGUGAAACAAAAGAUUAGGCCCUGUUAAUAUAUACCUAAACACACAUUUUUUUUUUAAAUCACUUUUUUAUGUA